ACCUUACCCUUAUUGUCCGUCAGAUGGAGAAGAGAUACAUGAAAACUUUUAAGCCAUACAUAGACGAAGUUAAGGAUACGUCCAUCGUUGCGUUGAAGGCGCAGCUAAAAGGUGUGACUAUCCUGACUUCAUCAGCGGAGGUCGCGGAUGAAGACGAAGAUUUGGGUGUCCACCAUUAUGUUUCAAGUUCACCACGCACUUGUGAUCAUGCUGGUUCAUGUGGACACAAAACAUCACCAGAUGUAUCAAAUAAUAAUGACCUGCGAGAGCAUGUUGCCUUUCUUGAGAAAAGUCUACUGGAUAUUGCUUCUUUUGUUAGAGAUGAGAGGCUACGGAGAAUCGAUAAGAAUAAGAAGAAGUAACAAGAAGAAGUGCACCUCGACAACCCCCCUCUUAGCCGGCAUCAAGUAAACCUCGAAGAACUUGCAGUCAUAGUGAUGGACUGGCUGCAACAGAUGAAAAAGGUGAAGAAGAGAAGAAAGAAGAAGAAACGGAAGAGGAGAAUGCAGCAAAUGAAGAAAAAAAAAAGAAAUAGAUGAGGAGAUGACAGUUGAAGCAGAAGAAGAAAAUGAGGAGAAAACAAAAGAAGAUAGUGAAAAGAAAUCAGUAGAAGAAGAAGAAGAAAAAAUCGAGAAGGCAGUUGAAGAAGAAUCAGUGGUCGAACAGGAGGUUGAAAACAUUGAAGAAGAGAAGAAAUCAGUAGAAGAAGAAGAGAAGGAAAAUGAGAAGAAAGAAGUUAAAGAAGAGGAGAAAAAACAGGAAGUAAAAGAAGUGGAUGUGAUGAGCAUUGUUGCUGAACUUAGUCAAGAAAACAAGUAGUUUUAUGAAUU